AUUUUUCACAUCACUAGCCUGGUCGUUAGAAAAAAAGAACAUAUUUUUUAGAUUUGCGUUUGUUGUGUUGAUUUAAACGACAGAAAACAGUUCAUUUAAGCAGCCAUGGCCUCUGUACAUUGUCAACUGUGGAUGGGAAGCCUGGAAUCCUACAUGACCGAGAACUUCAUAAUCGCCGCUUUCCGGAAGAUGGGCGAGGAUCCCACCACCGUGCGACUGAUGCGCAACAAGUACACCGGCGAACCGGCCGGCUACUGCUUCGUCAACUUCAUAUCGGAUGACCAUGCGCUGGACGCGAUGCACAAGCUGAACGGAAAGCCCAUUCCCGGCACCAAUCCCAUCGUGCGCUUCCGCCUGAACUCUGCCAGCAACUCGUACAAACUGCCCGGCAACGAGCGCGAAUUUAGCGUCUGGGUGGGCGACCUCAGCUCGGAUGUGGACGACUACCAGCUGUACAAGGUCUUCUCCAGCAAGUUCACCUCCAUCAAGACCGCCAAGGUGAUCCUGGACAGCCUGGGCUUCUCGAAGGGCUACGGCUUUGUGCGUUUCGGCAUCGAGGAUGAGCAAAAGUCGGCGCUGUACGACAUGAACGGCUACAUCGGACUGGGCAGCAAACCCAUCAAGAUCUGCAAUGCUGUGCCCAAGCCAAAGUCCGAGUUGGGCUCUGGCCUGGGAGAAGGAAACACAAACUAUGGCUAUGGUGGCUCCGGAACAAGUGCUUCCACGGUCGGGGGAACAGACUACUCGCAGUACUACGACCCCACCAGCACCUAUUGGCAGGGAUAUCAAGCCUGGCAGGGCUACUACGAGCAGGCUGGUCCUUCGAUCACAGAUGCAGCUGCUUACUACCAGCAGGCCAUGUCCCAGUCGCAUUCCAACCCACAGACCCUUGCCCAGCACGCCGAAGCCUGGAGCGCUCAACGCAGCGCUCAGUACGAACAGCAGCAGCAGACGGCGACGGCCGCCAACGGAGCUGAUGAUGAGUACGGAUUGGUGGAGCACAAGUUCGUCCUGGACGUGGACAAGUUGAAUCGCGAGGCCAUCGACGCCGAUCGCCGGCUGUACGACGCCCUGGAGAGCUCCAAGUGGCUGCCCAUCGAACAGCUGGAGGUCUUUUAAGCCGCUGAAUAUAGUUAUAGCUUAGUUAUUAUCGGAAAAUACAUGAGCCCGUCUCUUAGCGUUA